ACAUCGACUGCUAGUUAAUCCAUUUUGUGAACCUUAACGCCGGCAUCUGACAACUGACAAAUCUAAUUAACAAUACGACUGGAUAAGGUUCUGGAAACGUAUCGUUCUUGAGAACUAGAGAACUAAAAUUUUCAUUUCGUAACUUCUAUCAAAAUGUGGGCCGAUACGCUUUUAAUUGUAGGAAUAUCAGUUUUCACAGCUCUCUUGGGCGAAGGUGUUACUUGGCUUCUAGUGUACAAAACAGAAAAAUACCAAAGGUUGAAGGCAGAGAUUGAUAGACAAAGCAAAAAACUUGAAAAAAUCAAAGAAACAUGUUCUGAUACUUUGGACAAGGGGUUAAAGAAAAAAAUAGACAGAGAAGAGGAAAAACUAAAGAACAACAAUCGGGAUUUAUCUUUAGUUAAGAUGAAAUCAAUGCUAGCAAUUGGUUUUGCAUUUACAGCUCUUUUAGGCAUGUUCAACUCAAUAUUUGAUGGUAGAGUUGUUGCCAAGUUACCAUUUACUCCAAUUUCAUGGGUGCAAGGACUUUCACACAGGAACCUAUCUGGAGAUGACUACACCGAUUGUAGUUUCAUUUUCCUUUACAUCUUAUGCACCAUGUCUAUAAGACAGAACAUUCAAAAGCUUCUAGGCUUUGCCCCUUCUAGAGCAGCAAAUAAACAAAGUGGAGGUUUGUUUGGACAGCAACCUCCAUCACUCAAGUGAGGGAUUCAUAUGAUAAAGAUUUAUAAUGAAUCGACCUAUCUCGAAUGUAACAAUACACGUGAGUUUGUGUUUUGCCCCAAUA